AUGGAGCCAUCCCUAACUAAUGAACAGCAAUCAACUGAUGAUGGUAAGCUGGCCCCCACGCGCGGCUACUCGAAACGCGGUGACGGAUUCUCUGUGCAGGAAACCGAGGGUCUUCUUCAGGAGGUGCGCGAGCGCUGGCAAGAAGGAUGGGAUACGAUCGCUGAGCUGCACAACAUGCAGUUUCCUGGUCACAAGAGAACUGCUGGGUCACUCAAGCGCAAGUUUGCCAAGCUCUACCGCGCCAGAAUUGACACCUCUACAAAGGCUAAGCACGCGCGUAUUGCUGCAAUGGCAAAGAAGGUUCGCGAAGAAAUGCGUGGCCAGCGACGUGGGCUCGCUACCUCUACUCGCGUGCUUGGCGACGACCUUGUGGCAGACACGGAGGCCGAGGUUGGCGUUCAGGAAGUGCAUACAGAUCUUGAUGAGGUCAACAUGAUCACUUCCCAUUCGGUUACGCAUUCUCAAUCGUUGCCUGAAACAACAGUGACGGUAAGCGAGCACGAACUGCGGCAGACGCUAACCCAAAGCGUGCCCGUGACUAAUGAAACGGCAGAUGCAUGGCAGGCAGCAAUAAGUCGCUGGCCGGUCGCCAGUGAUCAAUUGCGUCGGAUGCGUUUGCAGAUUGAAAGCGGUGAGCCCACGUCUAGCCAGGAUCUAGCGCAGACUGUGCUCCUCGUUUUGCUUGAAUCUCAGCAUCAACGGGACUUGGAACGGGAUCAAGAACGCGAAGAACGUCGACUGGAACGUCAGCGCUGGCAAGAUGAACUGCGUGAGCAGCGACUGCAUUACCAGGAGGAGCGCGCAGAGGAUCGACGCAGAAACGAACAGUUCGUACAGGUUAUGACCACGCUUGUGGCUCAAAUUGCCGCAGGGCAACAGCGAAAUGGGCUGGACUGA